AUGCCAUUGGGCUUCAAAGCGCUCGGAUUUGAAGCCCCGGAUCCUUCCGCGACUGCGACCGCAGCUUCGUCACCCCUCCCCGGCCUGCCGUCCGAUGCCCGCGAUGAAGGGCAGCCUCCCCGCCAUCUCACCGACCCUGGAAACGGAGGACUCGUGAGCACAGACUCCAUGAGUCCAGAGCAGGACCUGGACAUUGAGGGACGGCCGCCCUACAGCCAUGCAAUGCUUGCUGGAGGAAUAGGUGGUGCCUUUGGAGACAUGCUCAUGCACUCUCUGGACACCGUUAAAACUCGACAACAAGGCGACCCCAACGUGCCGUCCAAAUACCGCUCGCUUACUUCGUCAUACUACACAAUAUUGCGCCAAGAGGGCAUCAGAAGAGGUCUCUAUGGCGGUUGGAUUCCUGCGCUCAGCGGCUCUUUUCCCGGAACGGUCCUGUUCUUUGGGACUUACGAAUGGAGCAAACGAUUUCUCAUUGACCAUGGGCUGCAACAUCACCUUGCCUAUCUUUCAGCCGGUUUUCUUGGCGACUUGGCCGCCUCCAUCGUAUACGUGCCUUCUGAAGUACUAAAAACUCGACUCCAACUGCAAGGAAAAUACAAUAAUCCCCACUUCAACUCGGGCUACAACUAUCGCGGCACCGUCGAUGCCGCACGCACCAUUGUUCGCACCGAGGGUCCCGCCGCCAUGUUCCACGGCUACAAAGCUACGCUCUACCGUGACUUGCCCUUUUCGGCACUACAGUUCAUGUUUUACGAGCAGUUCCAGACGUGGGCGCGACAGCAGCAGCAGAGCCGCGACAUUGGUGUCGGCUAUGAGCUCCUCACGGGUGCCACAGCUGGUGGUCUGGCCGGCGUCAUUACCUGUCCUCUCGACGUCGUCAAAACUCGGCUGCAGACGCAAGUCAACCCGUCGGCGCUGAAAAAUACCUCUGCGCACGCCAAGGACCCGAAUCCACAGAAGCGAUCGAUAUCAACGUCCUCGCCGAGCACGCAUCGCCCCCGUCCCGGCGCCAUUCCGCUCGAGACAUCAUCCGUUAUUACAGGCCUCAAGGUCAUUUACAGAACGGAAGGCCUGGAGGGUUGGUUCCGUGGCGUGGGCCCACGCGGCGUCUGGACGUUUAUCCAGAGCGGCUGUAUGCUCUUUUUGUACCAACGACUCUUACGGCAGUUCGGUGUCUGGAUGCCCGUCGACAAGGAAAAAGACCUGUAA